AUGGAUCUUGAAUUUACUGUAACAGAAACUCUUACUCAUGAUCUUGGUCGAAUCAAUGAAAUAAAUUAUGAUUUUGAAGAAAUUACUGUAGAAAAUGUUUCAUUUGGUGUUACAAGCAAGAAAGAACGUCGUAUUCGUACAUAUACUGCAAAUAUAAAACGUGAACAAUACAAUAAUUUAGUUGGACGAAAUCCAGAUGCAUUAUCAUUCGAUGAUUUCACUCAUGUUUUACGUCCAUUUAUUAUGGGAUUUUAUGAUAAACAUGAAUUAGAACAAGCAUUUAAUAUUUUAGAUCAAGAUGGUUCCGGUUUUAUUCAUAUUGAUGAAUUAAGUAAUUUUUUAACAAUUAUCAAUCAAUAUAUAAGUAGUGAUAAGCUGAUAAAUUAUAUUCGAAAAGUUGAUAUAAAUUCAGAUGGUACUUUGACUUUUGAUGAAUUUCGAUCGUUGAUAUUAAAAGGAGUUGGUCGAGAUAUUGUAUGUGAACAUCUAUAA